CCUAGAGCCUCGCCGCCCCGGGACCCGGGCCGCUUCCUGGGAGAGGAUUACAUUUUCUCCCUGCUCCACUUGACUUUCUUCCGGAAGGAGAAGGUCUCGCAGGAUCGGGGCCAAGGCUGGAAGAACUCAGGUUUGGGAGUCGUGUGUGUAACAGCCCCGCGCCUCCACACCCUGGCCUGUGGGGCUUUGGGCAAGUUAUAUAACCACCGCCGCCACCCCAGUUUCUUCUCCUGUAAAGUGGAGCUUUAGUGCCGCCCAGCAGAGUUGUUGGGAUAAUUCAGUGACUCUGUGGACUGCCCAGCACCUGUGAAUUGCUUUCCUCGAUGUUGGGUGAAGGCCUGUGAGCUCGUAUGUACCCUUCGGCUUCAGGAUCCCAAGCCUUCAGUGUUUCAGAGGGAUGAGAGAAAGAAAUCCCAUUUUUUGAUGCAGAGGAUUUUGUUCUCCAUGGCUGGGGGUUAUGGAGUGAUGGGUGACGAUGGUUCUAUUGAUUAUACUGUUCACGAAGCCUGGAAUGAAGCCACCAAUGUUUACUUGAUAGUUAUCCUUGUUAGCUUUGGUCUCUUCAUGUAUGCCAAAAGGAACAAAAGGAGAAUUAUGAGGAUAUUCAGCGUGCCACCUACAGAGGAAACUUUGUCAGAGCCCAACUUUUAUGACACGAUAAGCAAGAUUCGUUUAAGACAACAACUGGAAAUGUAUUCCAUUUCAAGAAAGUACGACUAUCAGCAGCCACAAAACCAGGCUGACAGUGUGCAACUCUCAUUGGAAUGAAACCUCAGAAAAUGAGCAACAGAAGUAAUUGUUGCAAGCUCCUGAUUCUUUCUACUAAAUCUUGAACAGCUUUAAAAACAUUUCUGUCUGCAUAAAAUUAUUUUACUUGUGACUUUUCCCCAAUUGUUUUGUGCAUUGUUUUGCCUUUUUAAAUUACAUCUUCAAGUGGCUCAAAAGGCCUUGACACAGGGAACCUGCACAUAUCCAGGAUAUAUAUAACCAGCGAUGGUGACUUGACCAUGCAAAGACCUGUGAUUCCUUCAGGAUACAAUCAGUGAGAAAUAAAAACACAUCUUGGGAAGUGGGAAUCCUGGAGUUUAUGCCAUUUGCAAUAUUAAAAAAUAAAAAUGCAAGUUAUUAUUCCAACAAUAA